ACUGGCGCCUCCGGGGUUGGUGAACUGGCUCCGCGGUGUGUAGCGGGAUGGUUCCUAGGUGCCAGAUUGAAGUGUUGUAUUUUGCAAGAAGUGCAGAAAUAGCCGGCGUUCGCUCGGAGACCAUCUCUGUGCCACAGGAAAUCAAAGCAUCGCAGCUGUGGAAGGAGCUAGAGUCUCUGCAUCCUGGAUUGGCUGAUGUUAGGAACCAGGUGAUAUUUGCUGUUCGUCAAGAGUAUGUCGAGCUUGGAGAUCAGCAACUCCUGCUUCAGCCUGGAGACGAGGUUGCCAUCAUCCCGCCAAUCAGUGGAGGGUAGUGCAUCUGAGCCGUCUGGGAAAGAUGUGGAUGAUGUUCAGGAGAAACCUAAAGACAUAAUACAGUUCACUGCUGAGAGGCUCUCCGUGGGGGAAGUGUCACAGUUGGUGGUGUCCCCUCUGUGUGGUGCAGUGUCUCUCUUUGUAGGGACUACAAGAAAUAACUUUGAAGGCAAGAAAGUCAUUAGCUUAGAAUAUGAAGCGUAUGUACCAAUGGCAGAAAAUGAAAUUAGAAAAAUUUGUAAUGACAUUAGACAGAAAUGGCCCGUGAGACACAUAGCGGUGUUCCAUCGGCUUGGUUUGGUUCCAGUGUCAGAAGCAAGCACAGUUAUUGCUGUGUCUUCAGCUCACAGAGCCGCGUCCCUCGAAGCCGUGAACUAUGCCAUUGAUUCUUUAAAAGCCAAGGUGCCCAUAUGGAAAAAGGAAAUAUAUGAAGAAUCAACCUCAUCUUGGAAAAGGAACAAAGAGUGCUUCUGGGCAGCUGGUGACUAGUCAAGUGUGGUGCACUAAGUCUGAAAUUGAUAAUCUCAUAGCUUACCCAUAUGGAGAAAUAGCCAAGUGAAUGAGUGUGUGGAAUGACCUAAAGAUGGGGAGAAAGGGCUUGACUUAAACCUUCGAUGUCUGUGAUAGACUGAGCCUUCUGUGACUAACUCCUAACUAGCCAGCUCGCAGUGCACUUCAGCCAUCCUUUUACCUUCAGCUGUCUCAGGACGACCUCACUGUCCCAGAGUGUACCGACAGCAUCACUAUCAGGCAUUUACUACAAAAAAAUGGGCAGAAUCAGAAAGUCAUUUUCAUAACUUAAAAGCGAAUCUAAAUAAAUCAUGAUUUAAACAGUCUAAAAAUA